CUUGCAGAUCAUUCUUCGUUCGAUAUACUUUUACCGUUUAAAUUGCUGUACAGCUGUGGCGCGUAAGUAUCGUUACACGCAGUGUUGUAUACCUUGAGUCACUUGAAGCAAUUUCAUUAUUAGAGCAGAAAUUGCAUUGAGUUUUUUUGUACGAGAAAUCGAUGGAAGAAAUAGCAGAUCUAAAUGAUAAUCAAAGAUUGCAGAUAUAACAACGCAAUUAACACAAAAUAUUCCUACAUGCACUUGCUUGUUGGACAUUUAUAAAUUCAGUGAAAGCCGAAGAUGAUCGUAUCGAAAUGCGUCUUUUAUUUCUUCAAAAUAUUCGGACUCGCGACGAUGCGACUCGAUGAGAAUGAGACGGUUCGAGAUUCGUGGUGCAGCGGUUCCAAGAAAGGCCAGGUGUACAAUGCAAUUUUGACCUGUUCGAUAAUAGCGAGCAACUGCUACGUUGCUCGACUCGUGUACAAAGAGAACCUGAGCCACAGAGAGUUUGAAAAAACGUUCGAUGUGGUUCAGUAUGUUUACACCACCGUUACCGUCGCCGUCAUUCUAACGGUGUUUUGCUUCUGUCAGGGACGUGCCGUACUGAUAGCUAACAAUUUAAGAAAGACGUACGUGCUCGUUGAAAAUAUCAACAGUCAGAUGAGCAAAAAAGAAGAAGAUCCUGUAAUAAGUGGUUUGAAGAGGAUCUGGAUCACGAGUACGGUGAUAUGGAUUUCAGUCGUCUUCACCACCUCUAAAUUGCAAUUCGCUGUGGUGAUGUACUACAUGACUGUGUAUCCGUGUAUUCUCAUCGUCAACUGUGCUUUUCUGCAAUACACUAUCAUCUUACACCUGUUGAAGCAGCUUUUCACUAUUCUCAACGCAAACUUUCUUUACGUCUCGACGAGGCAGUCUGUUGUUACGAGAAAAGUGGAAGCAGCGCAUUCAAGUUUUCAAGCUGCUGAGCAAAGCUCACAACAAUUUUCAGAUCUACGUAGAUUGUACAUGUUGUUGUGCGAUUUGUCGAUGGAUGUGUCCAAAUUCUACCAUCUGAUAAUGUUAUUUUGCGUAACGUACGUGUUCAGCACGUUAACGAUGUGGUUGUAUUACAUCACUGCACCUCUUGUGACAGGAACUACCCCGUCUAAGUUACAAUAUAUUCACAGUUUGAUGAUUGUGACGUAUCAUAUUUUUAUGCUGAUUAUAUUGACGAAGAGUGUCGACGCUGUCGUUCAAGAGAAGAAUAAAAGAACAGGAGAAAUAACCAAUGGAUGGUUGGCCAAUUUGCAGAAUCAACAGUUAAUUAAUGAGCUAAAUCUUUUUUCGAAUUAUUUACUUCACAAAAAUGUGAGUUUCACUGCGUAUGGGCUAUUUUCAUUGGAUGAAUCUCUUUUGAUGUCCAUUACAGGCUCAAUCACCACUUACUUAGUCAUACUUUUGCAAUUUCAAUAAAGUAAACUGAAACGCCUCGUAUCGUUUCAAAACACCAAGUUUGAAGACUAAAGUAUGCACAAACGCAUGGCUAUUGCAAUGUACAGACAACAGACGACAACAAACACAUUUCAUAAUAAUUUAUUUAGACGGGAAAGAGGCGCGUUGUUGUGUUGAAUUGCUAUCUUUAAACUGUAAAAGUAUCACCAGAUAUGUGCAUAUUGAAGUUGCGAUCUAGAAAAAAAAAAUCGCCUAUAAAUAUUCAGAAUCAAGCUGUAAAACCGCAGUGACUUUACAUACCGACAUCACCAAUGACUCAUUUAUCGGGAAAAGAUCGAAUACAGUGAAGUUCACGUUCUACUGCUUCAAAAAAUGCAAAAAAUAACGGUCUAUCCAUGCACUAUCGUCAUUAAUUUUACUUUUCUGCAAUACAGCUUGAUCUUGCAACUGUUGAAACAAGAGUUUGCGAUUCUCAAUGCAAACUUCCAGUAUGUCAUUCGAAGAAGAUUAAGAGAAACAGCAUCGAAUCUUCAUCAAGCUUGUUGUAGAGAAAGAACUACGACAUUCCCUCCAGAUCUUUAUAAAUUGUACAUGUCAUUGUGCGAUUUGUUGAUGGAUGUGUCGAAAUUUUACUACUUGGUAAUGCAAUUUGGCGUAUCAUAAGUUUUCAUGACGUUAACGAUAUGGCUGUUUGUGGUGAUCGAUCCUGUUAUAAACGGAAUUAUGACGCAACCGAUCUCCGAGUACGUACAUUCUUUGAUGAUUUUUAUUCAACAUCGCAUUAUGCUGAUCAUUUUAUCGAAGAGCGUCAAUGACGUCGUUUUAGAGAGCAAGAAAACGGCCGAGAUAAUGAGUAGGUGUUUAACAAACUUAAAAAAUGAACAACUGAUAAACGAGCUUAAUCUUUUCUCGAGUUAUUUAUUUCACAAAGAUGUGAGUUU